GUUGGCGUCAUUGCGGAUAACAGACGACUGACGCGACCGGAAAGCCAGAAUCGAGACUCGAAAAAAGCAUAUAUUACGUACUUGCUGGCGCCCACGCUGCAGCGUCCCAACGAUCCGCGUCGGAGGAUGAUGAAGCUCCUCUUCUGCAUCUCGAUCUGCUUCUUCUUGACGGCGAUGGCGGCCAUCAAUUCGGGAAACUUUUACGCCCCUACGGUCGCGAAGAUGAAGAUUUCGUCCCCAACUCGUGAGUUUCCUGCUCUAUCGGACCUGCAAUGCACCAUGGCUUGCCUCAGCGAAACGACGUGCUACAGCUUCUCCAUCACAAAGUCGGCAGGAUUCGCGACGUGUCGGCUGGGUGGCGCGUACGACCCGACGAGGAUUUCCGAUCCCGACAGCGAGUUCUUCUUCACCAAUGUGCCACCGGGCUACAAUCUGGUGCCAGGAACAAAGAGCUACGUGAAGAUCGUCUUGGACACGACUAAGAACGUUGCAGAAGCGAAGACGGAGUGCGAGAAGGACGGCGCUGGCCUCGCCAUCCCAAACCAGGAGCCCGUGCACAACUACCUCAACGAGACCAUGAUGGAAAACGCAGCGAAGCUCACCACUACCUACUACAACUUCUGGGUCGAUGGAAAGGCCUUUCCACCGAACCACUUUGUUUGGUUUUUCAGGGACGGUGGGUUUAUGCUCAGGUUAUAUGCACUCAUUGAUCUCUGA